AUUAUUUUUUUUUCUCCUUGUUAAUACUUUCUUUCCCUUUUCUUUCUCCCUCUAACUCCAAGGUGGAGGCCGAUCUCACCCUCUCCCUCCUCCAGACUCGACGCCUUAUCGCCCUCUCGCCGUCGGCCUGGAACCAGUGAGACCGACUCCUCAUCUGUUACAUCACCCACUCCGCCAGUUAACGGCUUAGUCGAACCUCUACUGCUUCAAGAUAAGAACCCAACGUAUCCCCCACUUCUUAGGCAAUUAAAACCCUAAACCCUCGAUUAAACCCGCACCUACAGAGACGAUAUCGUCGGUGGAUCUGGCGGCGAUUAGCUUCCAUCUUCGCGACUUCCGUUUAUUGUUCAAUAGGGGAAUCUUGGUUUGAAUGGAGAUGAUUGCUUGGACAUUAGUUGUACUUAUUCUACUUGGAGCUCUUUUUAUCAUCCCAAGAUCGAAAAAUAAAGGUGAAACUAAAGGAACUCCUCCAAAUGUGAUGUUGAAGACAUUGAAGACUUACACAAAGGAAGAGGUCUCUGUGCAUAAUAAGAGAGAUGAUUGUUGGAUCAUCGUCAAAGGAAAGGUAUAUGAUGUUACUCCAUAUGUGGAGGAACAUCCAGGUGGUGAUGCUAUACUAAACAAUGCUGGAGGUGAUUCAACUGAGGGAUUUUAUGGGCCUCAACAUGCUACUCGUGUAUUUGACAUGGUUGAUGAGUUCCAUAUUGGGGACUUGAAGCUCUGAAGUUGAAGUUACCUGAACUCUGAAAUUUUAUUUGGAAAUUCCAUAAGUGUUGUAUCAAAUGCCUUUGAAAGUAUUGCAGGCCUAGAUUGUCAAGUCUAGUUUAGUCAGCAGAUAGCCAAUGGGAAGGUAGUUCUUUAUAUACCUAUUAUGCUGAUUCGUGCGGCUUUGCCUCAUUGUUGACUACCAUUUCAAAAGAUCUGUUGAGAAUUAACAAAUUACUUGUAAUUUUCAUGCGAACUUAAAAUUCUUGCCAAGGAAAACUGUUGAACCUUGUUCAGGUGUUUCAGUUGUCUUUAUAUAUCACUUUAUUUUUAUAACGAAAUAA